AUGGCCAAGUCUUCCCGCACACAAGAACAGGAAAAGGAGGACAGCUGCAUAAGCUGCUGUUGCUUUGCCAAGUACAUAUUUGCACCUUUCAUCUUAUUAUUCAUGGCAUUCAAGAUCUAUGUAUUGGGAAUGAUCGCUGCAUACAUCGAGCGUCUUGGCCGGGGCGUCUUCUGUGGCUUGUGUGUGUGUUGCUCGUGUACAUACAAGGACCGGAAUUUUCCACACGACCAUCGCAGCAUUGGAAUCUUGAAGGGCAAGUCGGGCGUGGAACUGGACAAGCAGGUCUUUCCUUGUAAUGCCUCCAUUGGCACUUCUGCAUCUAUGACGGGUCAGACAGUAGACGUGCUGCAUCGCUGGGAGAGUGCGGGUGUGAAACCUUGCUCGUUGUCUUCGGUUCUUAGAGGCUUUUUGGCUGCAGCUCGAGUAUCCGAGCCGGAUGAAAACAGCUCAGUGUUUUGGUUAACCCCCAGGGCGCCGCAUUGGGGCCAUCUGCUCGAUGGCUACACCCCAGGAGAAAGGCAAGCCGGGCGCAGCAUCCGGCUCCAAAUCCAAGGCCACCGUACGACUUUUCGCAGGUAUGAUAAGCACCGAGCAUGGAAUCCGUUGUGCUGUGGUAAAUUCAAUCUCGAGCAGGAGAGGAUUAAGGAGGGACAGGACAGCCAGACCCUUAUCAUGCCCCACCACGAGCACCUAGGAGGGAGAGGAGCGGAGGGGAGGGGACCAGGCAGGAUUAAGCAGGACCAGGCGGACCCGCCGUCUGGCUCACGCGUGGCGUGUCAGAUUGCGGAGCUUGGUGCUUUGCAUCUUUGCAUUUUCGACCCUGCUGCCGACGGGCGACCGCUGUUCGCCAAGCCUCAGGGAGACGAGGCAUGGGUGAUGUUGCUAGAGAAGGCCAUGGCAAAGUUCAUGGGUAAGGACUACGCCUCCCUGGACGGAAACUUGAUGAUCAAGGCGCUGGAGGUGCUCACCGGGGACUUUGUGUGCCUGUUCCGACUGGGGGACGUCAGGGACGCCAAAAGUAGGGGCAAGCAGCGGCACCAGCAGUUGUGGACAAGGCUGGAGCUGUCACGUGGACCACCGCCCAAGGACGCUGCGCCUGGGGAUGACUUGCGGCUGGUGUACGCUCAAGACGAGCCCUUCAACCACGACCUCAUGUUUCGGUCGAUCAAAUGGGAGCUGCGCCACGGCAGCACCAUUGGCGCCAGCAAUGCCGGUGGGCGGGACACUCAGAGCAUCCAUGGCAUCGUGCAGGGUCACGCCUACAGCAUCAUCAGGGCAGAAGAGGCAGACGACAAGAGGUUUCUGCGGCUCCGGAACCCCUGGGGCACCUUUGAGUGGACGGGCUCCUGGAGCGACAAGAGCCCGCUGUGGGAACGAAAUCCCAAGGUCAAGUCAGCCCUGGACUUCAACCCCACCAGCGAUGGCUCCUUUUGGCAGGCUGGUUCCGCAGGGUGGCUCGGCGGCGCUGGUGGGUCACUCUCCAUGUCGUCUGGCUCUGCGCGGGGAUGGUGUGGCUUCUCCGUGGUCGUGCUCCACACUAUAGGAUGGAGUGGACGGACUUUGUCAACCACUUCAACACCCUUGAGGAGCACCGGCUUCGACCACGUGGUCAUUGACAUCCACGAGGUAUUGGUGCUGCUGCCUGGGCUGCAAGGCGCUGUGCUGCGGCCGCAAGAUCCCGUCGUGUGUUUGCGUGAACUGGUUGGGGACCCUGGCCCAGGUCUCUGGACCCUGACCCUGGCCAGUCAUCCAGGUCCUGACGGACCCUGGCCUGCCUGGAACACUGCAAGUAUGGGCUCCGCACCGCGUUGUGCUCCCCAAUGGACAGUGUGCCUGACGCCCCUGGAGCUCGCACCGUGA